CGUAGAACUCCCGCGACGGCGCAGCAGGAAACAGACGUCUGUUGAGCCAAAAUGGCGUCCGUGAUUCUUCAGUCCGGAGAGCAGAUGGCGGGACGUAGAGUCGAGUGUUUGUGGAAACGUCACGUCGUGGAGCAGCUGAAGCAGAGAGACCGAGUUCAGCGUCAGGCCUUCGAGGAGAUCAUACACCAGUAUAACCGGUUGUUAGAGAAGUCUGAUCUUCAGGUUGUUUUUUCUGAACGUCUCCAGACCGAGAAAUAUGAGCAACAGAACAGACACGACCUCAGGAGAGGAAAUAACGUGUAG